AUGCGUGAAAUUGUUCAUUUGCAAACCGGCCAAUGCGGCAAUCAAAUUGGUGCUGCCUUCUGGCAGAUCAUCUCGGGCGAGCAUGGCCUUGACGGCUCUGGAGUUUACAAUGGCACAUCGGAUCUCCAACUUGAACGCAUGAACGUCUACUUCAAUGAGGCUUCUGGAAACAAAUAUGUCCCUCGUGCCGUCCUUGUCGAUCUCGAACCCGGUACCAUGGACGCGGUUCGAGCCGGCCCUUUUGGUCAACUCUUUCGUCCCGAUAACUUUGUCUUUGGCCAGAGCGGUGCUGGAAACAACUGGGCCAAGGGUCACUAUACUGAGGGUGCUGAACUUGUGGACCAAGUUCUCGAUGUCGUCCGACGUGAAGCCGAGAGCUGCGAUUGCCUUCAAGGAUUCCAGAUUACCCACUCCCUUGGUGGUGGCACCGGUGCCGGUAUGGGUACAUUGUUGAUUUCCAAGAUCCGAGAAGAAUUCCCAGACCGAAUGAUGGCGACUUUCUCUGUCGUCCCCUCCCCCAAGGUUUCCGACACCGUAGUCGAGCCGUACAAUGCGACUCUGUCCGUUCAUCAAUUGGUCGAGAACUCGGAUGAGACCUUCUGCAUCGACAACGAGGCUCUCUACGACAUUUGCAUGCGCACACUUAAGCUGUCUAACCCCUCGUAUGGCGAUUUGAACCAUCUUGUUUCGGCAGUCAUGUCCGGCGUCACCACUUGCCUGCGAUUCCCCGGUCAACUCAACUCUGACCUGAGAAAAUUGGCCGUCAACAUGGUCCCCUUCCCUCGACUUCACUUCUUCAUGGUCGGCUUUGCUCCCCUGACUAGCCGAAACGCCUACUCCUUCCGCGCUGUUAGUGUUCCCGAACUUACACAACAGAUGUUCGACCCCAAGAACAUGAUGGCUGCUUCAGACUUCCGAAACGGCCGAUAUCUAACUUGCUCUGCCAUCUUCCGCGGCAAAGUCAGCAUGAAGGAGGUCGAGGACCAGAUGCGUAACGUUCAAAACAAGAACAACAGCUACUUCGUCGAGUGGAUCCCUAAUAACGUGCAAACCGCUCUCUGCUCGAUCCCUCCUCGUGGCCUGAAGAUGUCAUCCACCUUCGUUGGCAACUCUACUUCUAUCCAAGAACUCUUCAAGCGUGUUGGUGAUCAAUUCACUGCCAUGUUCCGACGCAAGGCUUUCUUGCACUGGUACACUGGCGAGGGUAUGGAUGAGAUGGAAUUCACCGAGGCCGAGUCCAAUAUGAAUGAUCUCGUCUCGGAGUACCAGCAGUACCAAGAUGCGAGCAUCUCUGAGGGCGAAGAGGAGUACGGUGAGGAGGAAGCGCCUUUGGAGGAAGAAGCUUAG